AUGGGGAAUUACAUGGAGACAUGUUUACAGAAGGAGCAAAGAGAAGACGAAAAGCCACAGGAACAAGAAAAACAAGAAUCUGGGAAUGCAAGGGGUAGUUCUGGAAUGGAAAGUGGUAGAGUGAGGGUAAAGUUGGUAUUAACAAAAGAUGAGCUAGAGUGGCUGUUAUUACAACUCAAGAACAAAGAAGGGCAAAGAUUGGAAGAUGUUUUGGGGGCAAUUGGGAAGAGUAGACUCGAAGGGAAAAGUGUUGCAGGAUGGAAACCUUCUUUAGAGAGUAUCAUGGAAACUCCUGAAGUUCAUCAUGAGAUGAAUAGAUCAUGA